GUCCGGAGAGUGUCGUGAUCUCGUCAACGGCUCAGAGACUUCUCAGAUGGUUGACUCAAUCGUAAUCAAGCAGUUUAUCUAAGUAAACACACGUUAAUGGUUGCCCAAGCGCGCGCAAUCCAACGGCUACCGUGACGGUGUGAUUUUUUCGGGUGCUUCUGAUUGAACUUACGCGUGCAUGUUGGAGUGAUCGAUUUGGAGCAACAUAAAGUGAUCGGACGGUCGUGUGUACUAUGGGAUUUAGUGAUAGCAAAAUGAGUGAUUUGAACUUUCUUCCCAAAAAACACACCAACUUUAGCAUCGAGAACAUCUUGUUGCGAAAUAAUACCACUGCAACUUCUAGGACAAUUGAAUUAGAACAAAAAGUGGAUCUAACAGUAAAGACCUGCAUCAAAUAUGAACAGGAUGACCUCAAAACUCCAUCCAUGGUGUUAUCACCAUCACCAGCCUCGUCAUCAUCGUCGUCUCAAUCAUCUAAUCAACGUCCCCUGAAUCGUGUUCUAGCCAAUCCCUGGUGCUCCCGGGGACCGUUAAUGUUUGACCCAAAGAUCAUUGCCGGCGCGAAACCAGCGACGGUCAUCGAGUCCAACGCAACGACAACAGUGGUAACGGCAGCAUCCAGGGUGGCGUCUAUUACGCCUUCCACCACUAGCCCUUUGAUACCGCUGAUAAAAACGGAAGUCGAGAGAAAAGUGAUGCUAAGCGCGUAUGCUAAUAGCAGUGUAAUUGAACGAAACAGAUUAUCUAUCAAUUAUCCCUAUCCGGUUGGGUUUUUCAAUGCUUAUGCUGCAGCAGCAUCGAUGGCGACCCAACAUCAUCAUCAUCAUCAUCGGCAGCAUGCACAACCGCCCAGUGUCACAGUUCCGGCGGUUCUUAGCAACUUGUACCAAAUCGAGAAAAGUGAUGAAAACCAAAAUAGUAUUUUUAGUGCAACGAGUAAUACGAGCAGCAAUGUCGGCUCCAGCGAUCACCUCGGUACUGAUAUGCAUCCUUUCUUUGGAAUGGAUAGCGCCGACAUGCUCGGCUACGGACUAGUGCCGCGGCAAACGUCGCCCGUCGGCCCUUUCCCGCUCGGGUUUUCGGAAUACUCGUUCCAGUGUCAAAUCUGUGAUAAGAUAUUUGGGAAUCAGGAAACGCUGAUGACCCAUGAAAAAACGCAUAAGUCACCUCGCUUUGAGUGCGAAGAAUGUGGUAAAGGAUUCUCCCAGUUGCGAAACUAUAAAUAUCACGUCUCCGUGCAUCGCGGGACCAAGGAAUUUGCAGCCAAAUGCCCUGAGUGCGGAAAGGUAUUCAACGACAAAGGCUACCUUAGCAGUCAUCUGAAGAUCCAUCGCAACAAGAAGGAAUAUGCCUGCCCACAUUGCCCGAAAUCGUUCAAUCAGCGAGUUGCCUUCAACAUGCACGUUCGGAUUCAUACGGGUGUGAAACCGCACAAAUGCAACGAAUGUGGAAAGCGAUUCUCUAGAAAAAUGCUCUUGAAACAGCAUUUGCGAACGCACUCUGGUGAAAAACCCUAUCAGUGUUCUGUGUGCGGGAAAAGUUUUGCCGACCGAAGCAAUAUGACCCUGCAUCACCGGUUGCACUCUGGCAUCAAACCCUUUGCGUGCCCAAUUUGUCCGAAGGCUUUUACCAAAAAGCAUCACUUGAAGACGCAUCUCAACUACCACACUGGCUAUAAGCCGUACAAAUGCCCGCAUCCGAAUUGUGGUCAAACGUUCACACAAUCAAGCAACAUGAGAACCCACGCAAAGAAGUGUCAAUUUAAGCCACCGGAUCAUUCAUGAUGGUGGUGUGCUCUAUAUCUUAGGAUAGUUCCACUAGUGUCUAACAGCAACACGAAUAUUUUUAUUUAUUCAGCUUUUCACAAAAUAACGAUAAAUAUGCUCAAUCUAUUAUAUGAUACAAUGAAAAGGAUAUUUCUCUAAAUAAAGCUUAGAUGUUAGAAUGUAGUCGAUUGAAAAUUUAUCAAGAUUCAAAUAUAUCAAUAAUACUA